AAUAUAAAAUUGACAAGAUGCCGCACAUGGGCAGCUUAUAAAGUUAUUCUAAUGUGGUAGUGGGUAGUUAUCACUUGAGCAGCUCUUCUUGGACCGACAGCAUUACUAUUUACUACAACAAACAUAUGCCCAUUUUCUCAACUCAAAGCAGCCUAGCUUCUAAAAUAUUCAAAACCACACAUGUAGCCGCGCUUCUUCAUCACAUGAUCCAUUACCAUUUUUGCCAAAAACAAUCCAACACAACACUCGAAUUCUAAAUCAACAAGCCCUACCAAAAUGUUACCAUUUCUGUUUUUUUGUUAUGUUCUGCUCCUUGUCCCAAUCCCAUCUGCUUCGCAGCCUCAAGCUGCGCUGCAGCUUCUCCGCUUUCGAAACAGUCUGCCGGAGGCCUCAAAAUCUCUCCUGCAAUGGAACCAAACCACCUCAUCCUCUGCUCACUGCACCUGGCCUGGUGUUUCUUGCUACUCAAACGAAACAGAUUUUCGUGUGGAGAGGUUGAAGCUAACGGGCUUCGGCCUCACUGGGGUUCUAGAGGAAUCGUUUCCAUAUUUAUGUGAGCUUCCUGAUCUCAUCCUUGUUGAUCUCCAAGGCAACAACUUCAGUGGAAGCGUUCCUGCUGUGCUUGGAAACUGCAGUCACCUCAACCAUGUUAAUCUCAAAAGCAAUAACUUGUCAGGCCCAAUUCCACCUCAUCUUUUCAAACCAGGGAAGCUUAUAGCGCUCAACUUGGGCCGCAACAAACUAUCCGGUACCAUUCCACCUGAGGUAGGCCUCUGCAGACGUCUUGAAUAUCUCUCAUUGGAAGAAAAUUCGUUCACCGGUGGGAUUCCAACUGAACUGUUUACUAUUUCGAGCUUGAUUUAUCUUUCCUUGAAUCUGAAUAAGUUAAAUGGAAGCUUGCCUGAUUUGCCAUCGCCAUGCUCGCUUGUUGAACUCCAACUAACUGAAAAUUCAUUCCAUGGCGGCUUGCCGUCUUCCAUACGCAACUGUCAUGAUCUCCAAGUCCUGAUUGCAUCUUUUAACCAUCUUGGAGGUGUAAUGCAGCAGGAUAUCUUCAAGGGCCUGACGCAACUUAAAACACUGUUCCUUUCUGGAAACAACUUUCAAGGGCAAAUUCCUAUGUCCUUGUGGAGUCUCAGAAAUUUGACGACCCUCGUGCUUCGGAGAAACGGCUUCAAUGGGAGCAUUCCUGAAGAUAUCAGGCAAUGCGAUCAGCUCACUCACCUCGACUUAUCGGACAACGUCUUGACUGGGCCUAUUCCAGCUGCAAUUUCGUAUCUCAGAAGCCUGGAAAUCAUGAAUCUCUAUAAUAACACGCUCGAUGGUCCUCUACCUCCAGGAAUCGGAAACUGCACUUCUCUGCUGGAAGUUGUAUUACGCGAAAACAGACUCAGUGGAAUUCUUCCUCCUGAGAUUUGUGGUCUCCGGAGUUUGGAGUUUCUGAUGCUGAAUUACAAUCAGAUUGAGGGUCCUAUACCAUAUUGUAUAGGCAGUUUGAUCUCUCUUACAGUGUUCAGCGUCUACAGUAAUAGAAUGACAGGCACAAUACCGGGUGGAAUAACCAAGUUGACGAACCUUACAGAUCUUGUUUUGGCUCAAAACAACUUUGAAGGGGAGAUUCCAUCAGAUUUGGGCAAGAAUAUGAUUCCUGGCUUAGGUAUCUUGGAUCUUACAGGAAAUCAGUUCACGGGAGCAAUUCCACGUGCUGCAUGUACUGGCAACCGCCUUCUACGUUUCACCCUCGGCGACAACAAAUUUUCUGGCGGUUUCCCCACAGAAAUCAUCAAAUGUAAGUCUCUGUACAGGUUGUUUCUCUACAACAAUCGUUUGGAAGGAAGCAUACCGAAUGACAUAGGAAAUUCUUCGAGCAUUGCACAUUUUGAUAUUCGAGGAAACUUAUUUGAAGGAACUAUCCCAACAGUGUUUGGUUCCUGGAGCAAUCUUUCAUUGAUUUAUCUUUCAGAGAAUAAGUUUUCAGGCUCAAUACCUCGGGAAUUUGGGGAGCUCCAAAAUCUUGUAGAAAUGAAUAUUUCUUCAAACAGAUUAACAGGAGAAAUUCCGCCCGAGCUGAGUCGUUACCCAAGAAUAGACAAACUAGACCUCAGCAAGAAUGAACUUGCGGGAGGUGUCCCGUCAGGGAUCCUUUCUUCAUCAACGCUGACAGUCAUUCGGCUUCAAGACAACAAAUUGACGGGUGUGGUUCCCGAUGCCUUUGGGAGUAGCCAAAAACUGCAAGUGCUGCAGCUUGGGAACAAUUUGCUUGAAGGCCAUUUUCCUUGCAGUCUGAGUAGAAUUGAAAACUUCAAUUAUCUGAACCUCAGUACAAACAAGAUUUCUGGGGAAAUACCCAGAUGCAUUGGCGAUCUUGAUAUGUUGGAGAUUCUUGAUAUCUCAAGCAACAAUUUCUCAGGCGAGAUACCAUCAGCCGCCACUGACAAUAUGAGAACACUUCAUUUUCUGAACAUAUCAAAUAAUCAACUCUCCGGCCAAAUCCCAGCAGUUUGGGCCAAGGUGUUGGCUUUGCAUCCCUGGACGUUUGUCGGAAAUCCCGAACUCUGCUCAGCAACCACAGAGAGCGACAACUGUGCAAGACACAAGAAAUCACAACCACGAGGCUUAGUCCUUGCUGGUAUAAUAACAGGAUCAUUUUUCUUGAUGGCAGGCCUUCUUGUUGCCAUAUACGUGUUAGUAGCCCGUGUUUGGAACUGUACCCCAUCAUCUCCUGAACAGGAACUGCCGUACAAUCAGUCAAGGAACGAAGAUUUACCAGAAGAUCUCAACUUUGUGGACAUUCUUCGUGGAACCGAAGGUUGGAGUGAUAAACAUGUGAUUGGAAGAGGCAAGCAUGGAACUGUUUAUAGAGCAGAAUCAGUGAAAUCAAAAAAGCAGUGGGCAAUUAAGAAGGUGGAUCUAGCUGAGUCAAAAUUCAACUCGGAGAUGAGAAUUUUGAGCACAGUCAGACACAGAAAUAUACUUAGAAUGGGAGGAUACAGCAUCAGAAAUGGAUAUGGAUGCAUAGUUACAGAAUACAUGCCUGAGGGUACUCUUUAUCAUUUACUGCACAAGAGAUUACCUCGGGUAGCUUUGACCUGGGAGCAGCGAUGCCGUAUUGCUCUUGGAGUAGCUCAAGGUUUGUCGUAUCUUCACCAUGACUGUGUGCCUCAAAUCAUUCACAGAGACAUAAAAUCAGACAACAUACUGUUGGACUUUGAAUUUGAACCGAAGAUUGCAGAUUUUGGGACAGCAAAAUUGGAUUCUGAUGUUGAUGAAGACCAAACAGCUUCUACAAUUGUUGGAACACUUGGCUAUGUAGCACCUGAGAAUGCAUAUUCAUCAAGGCUGACAGACAAAUGUGAUGUAUACAGCUACGGAAUAAUUCUGCUGGAGCUUCUUUGCAGAAAAUUACCAGUGGAUCCCAGCUUUGACGAGGGCUUAGAUAUCGUCUCCUGGGUAAGGACGACACUACAUGAUUACAACCAUCACUUGGGUUUCUUGGAUGAAGAAAUCAUGCACUGGGAGAGCAAGCACCAGCAAGAAGCACUGGUGAUGCUGGAUCUUGCUUUACAAUGCACUGAAAUGGUUCCAGAUAAUAGGCCCUCAAUGAGAGAUGUAGUGAGUUCACUUAUUAAAUUUCAGAGAAAAAUUGAGGUGAAUGUGAGAAUUCAUUCAACCAGGGACACAUAGAUUACAUGUUCAUGUAAACAUUCACCGAGGAAUUCAGCAGCAAUGAUGCAGUUGGAUUGUUUUAUCUGAUAACCUGUAAAGUUGGGGAUAAAUAAAUCAAAUUAAGCCCAAAGAUA